GCAGAUCAACUUUUCCCGGAGCGGCGCUGAGCGGAUUCUACACCCAGGAACGGAGCUCCUCGGCGGGCCGCUGCCGCUCUCCCUCCCCGCUGCCGCAUCCCCGCAGCGCCGGAGCGCAGCGCUGCUGCCGGGACUCGGAUCGCUCCCUCCGCCGCUGCUCUCCCAGCCGAAGGAAGAGCGGCGGAGCCCGGGCUGAAGUUUGUCUGCCCUCGGUGGAGCCGCCCCGGGCCGCGCUGGGCCGCGCUGCCGCGUCUCAGGUUAUCAGAACAGAGAGCUGCUCAUACUCACAGGACGAAGAGGAGGAAGGGCCCAAACAGAGGAUGAAGAGUGUGAGGUGUGAUCUUUUCCACGAAUGAACUCUCCACUGGGAACCGUCACAGCUCAGGACUGAAGAAGCGACAGGAAGCAGCAGCAGGAUGGCGAGCGCCGCUCCAGCCAGGAAGCCGUACCGCAAGGCUCCGCCUCAGCACCGCGAGACGCGCCACGGCCAGGCCGCCGCUUCGCCGCCGCCCGCCCCGCAGCCCGACUUCAGUCAGGUAAACAGGCUCGCCCUGAACACGCCCUCGGUGCCCCCGCAGCGUUUCUGCUCCCACCCCCCCGCCGCCGUUCUGCAGACGCUGAGGGGCGACCCGCAGCACGCCGUCCGGCCCCCGCCGCUCUCUGACAGCGAGCUGGACGUCUCCAGCCUGUCCAGCCUGGAGCUUUAUAUUCCCCCGCCGCCGCCCUUCAGUAACUCCGCCCACCGUCCCAGCCGGACCCACAGGACGCCGGCGGAGGGCGUCCCGCCGUCUCAGCAUCACGGUUCUCAGCCCGCCGCUAACUGCUAUGACAGGAGGACUGGCAAAGGCUCCGCCCCCGCCAGGAGACGCUCCCCGGUGCGGCACCGCCACGCUCGGACUCACAAGGCGAAGACCGCCACCCACGCCGGCCCCCCCAAAGGCAUCCUGAAGCAGCCGGCCUCCCUGGGCGUGGAGCACACCUACGAUACCCUCAGGAAGGCGAAAUCGGUGGAGCUGCUGGACGGCGGCGGCGGCGAGCGGCAGCGGGGACCGCCGUCUCUGCAGUCCCUGACUCCGCCCUCCCCCGGUCGGACCACCUGGAACUGGAAGAUGCAGGUUUUGGAGGAAAAGGUGCGGUUCUCCAGCUUCCUGGACGAGAUCACCUGUCGUGUCCUGAGCCCCGCCCGCCUCUCGCAGCUCGGCAGGUCGCCUGCGAAGCAGCAAAGAAGCCCCGCCCACCAGCAUGGCCGCCGCUGCGGCAGGAACCCACACGGGGGAUCCACAGACCGGACCCGGCGCUGGGACGGCUGGGUGGCGUCGCUGCAGCGGCCCGACAGUCGGUAUGGGCUGCUGGAAAGGCAGGGGGCGUGGCAUGAUGACGUCACACGAGGGGCGGGGCAUAGUGACAUCACACAAGCAACGGAGCGCAGACAGGUGAUUGGACGAGGAAGGGCUGAGGAGAACAGAGAGCCUCAGAGAGGCGGACCCCCUCUGUCCAAUCGCUCCCUGCUGUCCCACAUCCAGGAGGCGCUGUCCGACUCCGACAGGAUCAGAAUCCUCCAGCAGCAGAAUGAGGACCUGCGGCACCGCCUCUCGCUCUCCACACACAAGAUGGAGGCCAUGGAGGCGGAGUUUGAGGGCAGCCGUCACUACAUGGAGGCGGAGCUCAGCCGGACCAGAGACGACCUGGACAAGAUGAGGGACAAGUUCCGCAGACUCCAGAACAGCUACACGGCGUCUCAGAGAGCCAAUCAGGACCUGGAGGAGAAGCUGCACGCUCUGGCUGCCGUCAGUCAGACAUGGGUUCAUGCACUACGGAAGGUGGAGAGGGACAAAAAGACGAUGGACCAGGAGAUCGUGGAGCUCACCAACAAACUUCUGGAUGCUAAGAACACCAUAGAUCGCCUGGAGGAGCUCAAUGAGCGCUACAGGCAGGACUGCAACUUGGCCGUUCAGCUGCUCAAAUGCAACAAAUCGCAUUUCAGGAACCACAAGUUUGCCGACCUGCCCUCAGAACUGCAGGACAUGCUGAACAAGCACAUGAAGAGCAGCCUCCCGGAGCGGGGCCCCGGCCCCGGGCCCCAGGACCCCGACACGCUCAGUCUGACGCACGCCGACGUGGUGCCCACCUCCGUCAUCGCCCGCGUGCUGGAGAAACCCGAGCCGCUGGUCCUGAACUCGGCCCAGUCCAGCAGCUGCGGCCGACCCGUGGCCGAGGACGUCUUCGUGCACGUGGACAUGACGGACCCGGCGGGCCUGGAGGCCCGGGAGAACGGCGCCGGUGACGAGGCGGUGCAGCACAACGGCUCCUGUCGCAGUCAGAGCAGCCUGGACGAGGAGGGGAGCGGAGCGCCGUCCUUUGAGAAGCUCAACCCGUACCCGGCGCCGCCGCCGCCUCACCCCCUCUACCCGGGCCGUAAGGUCAUCGAGUUCUCGUCCGACGACAAGGUCAAGAUCCCCAAGAACUCGCCGCUGCCUAACUGCACCUACGCCACGAGGCAGGCCAUCUCCCUGAGCCUCGUCCAGGUCGACGACGAGCGGCUCGCCCCGGGAAGCCCCGCCCCUUCCUCGUCCUCGGGCGGCGGGGGCGGAGCCAACCAGAGGGACGCCACUAGUGACCCGCUCUCCACCCAGUCCAGCCCGUUCAGCAGCCCCCCACAGGCGCCGAGCGUUCCGGCGAGCUCCGCCAGCUCCGAGGAGGACCUGCUAGCCAACUGGCAGCGGAUGUUCGUGGAGAAGAUGGCGCCCUCCUGCGAGGGUUCUACCAUGCACCGAACCUCUUUCAGCAGCCAGACGGCGCAGGAGCUGCAAAGGAGGAGGCAGGCGGCGGGAGGCGGGGCCUCUGCCUCCUCGGACCACCACAGAGCGGCGUACUCGGACGGAGAGGAGGGCUCGUCGGCUCGCAGCUGGACGCCGAGCCGCGGGUCCAGCCUGGACACGGACACGGACACGGAGGCCCAGCCCAGCAGGAGAGGGCGCUACGGAGCGGGGAACGCCCCCGAGGAGGGGGAGCGUCUCCUGAUGAAACUGGAGGACGAGACCGGCAGCGCAGACACCGCCAUCGCCGUGGCAGCCGGGCCCCCGGACGGCCUCGAGCCGGAAGGAGAGGACGACAGCUCGGCCGAGGAGAGGGACGUUCUCCCGCACGAGCUGCCCGUCAUCUCGCCCCGCCUCCUGGAGUUUGACCCCGCCCCCGGCCCCCAGCGGCCAAUCAAGAGCCCCAAGCGGAUGGGCGUGCACCACCUGCACCGCAAGGACAGCCUGACCCGUGCCCAGGAGCAAGGCACGCUGCUGGACUGACUGUCUCCAUGGAAACCAGGUCACACGCCACCCCCACCCAGGAAAUAGCCAUACUUUACCGUAUGCUGCCGAGCGCGUCGCCUGACUCCAGUGUGUGUGUGCUGCAGUGAGCGGUUCUGAUCGGCUGUUAAUGGAUCAGAAAAACAACCUCCAGAUUUCUGCUAAAGUUCAGGUUCCAAACAAAUGAUCUACGAUGAAUAAACCUUCACUUUAUGAAAGCAUGGCAGUAGGUGAGCGGGUUCUGCACCGCCGGGGGUUAAACUGAGCAGGUUCUGCACCGCUGUGGGUUAAACUGAGCGGGUUCUGCACCGCCGGGGGUUAAACUGAGCAGGUUCUGCACCGCCGGGGGUUAAACUGAGCAGGUUCUGCACCGCCGGGGGUUAAACUGGGCGGGUUCUGCACCGCCGGGGGUUAAACUGGGCGGGUUCUGCACCACCAGGGGUCAGAUGAGUGGUUUCUGCACCGCUGGGGGUCAGAUGAGUGGGUUCUGCACCACCGGGGGGUCAAACUCAGCGGGUUCUGCACCGCCGGGGGGGUUAGGUGAGUGGGUUCUGCACCGCCGGGGGGUCAGAUGAGCGGGUUCUGAACCGAUGGGGGUUAAACUGAGCGGGUUCUGCACCGAUGGGGGUUAAACUGAGCAGGUUCUGCACCGCCGGGGGUCAGGUGAGCGGGUUCUGCUCCGCCGGGGGGUCAGAUGAGCGGGUUCUGAACCGAUGGGGGUUAAACUGAGCGGGUUCUGCACCACCGGGGGUUAAACUGAGCGGGUUCUGCACCGAUGGGGGUUAAACUGAGCGGGUUCUGCACCACCGGGGGUUAAACUGAGCGGGUUCUGCACCACCGGGGGUUAAACUGAGCGGGUUCUGCACCGCUGUGGGUUCUGCACCGAUGGGGGUUAAACUGAGCGGGUUCUGCACCACCGGGGGUUAAACUGAGCGGGUUCUGCACCGAUGGGGGUUAAACUGAGCGGGUUGUGCACCGCCGGGGGUCAGGUGAGUGGGUUCUGAACCGAUGGGGGUUAAACUGAGCGGGUUCUGCACCACCGGGGGUUAAACUGAGCGGGUUCUGCACCACCGGGGGUUAAACUGAGCGGGUUCUGCACCACCGGGGGUUAAACUGAGCGGGUUCUGCACCACCGGGGGUUAAACUGAGCGGGUUCUGCACCACCGGGGGUUAAACUGAGCGGGUUCUGCACCGAUGGGGGUUAAACUGAGCGGGUUCUGCACCACCGGGGGUUAAACUGAGCGGGUUCUGCACCACCGGGGGUUAAACUGAGCGGGUUCUGCACCGCUGUGGGUUCUGCACCGAUGGGGGUUAAACUGAGCGGGUUCUGCACCACCGGGGGUUAAACUGAGCGGGUUCUGCACCGAUGGGGGUUAAACUGAGCGGGUUGUGCACCGCCGGGGGUCAGGUGAGUGGGUUCUGAACCGAUGGGGGUUAAACUGAGCGGGUUCUGCACCACCGGGGGUUAAACUGAGCGGGUUCUGCACCACCGGGGGUUAAACUGAGCGGGUUCUGCACCGCUGUGGGUUCUGCACCGAUGGGGGUUAAACUGAGCGGGUUCUGCACCACCGGGGGUUAAACUGAGCGGGUUCUGCACCGAUGGGGGUUAAACUGAGUGGGUUCUGCACCGAUGGGGGUUAAACUGAGCGGGUUCUGCACCGAUGGGGGUUAAACUGAGCGGGUUCUGCACCACCGGGGGUUAAACUGAGCGGGUUCUGCACCACCGGGGGUUAAACUGAGCGGGUUGUGCACCGAUGGGGGUUAAACUGAGCGGGUUCUGCACCACCGGGGGUUAAACUGAGUGGGUUCUGCACCGAUGGGGGUUAAACUGAGCGGGUUGUGCACCGAUGGGGGUUAAACUGAGCGGGUUGUGCACCGCCGGGGGUCAGGUGAGUGGGUUCUGCACCGAUGGGGGGGGGGUCAGGUGCUUUCAGGUGUUCCAGCUUCUGGUGAGUUCGGGUCUGGUUUAUUGAUCAGAGAUAAUUUCUUAGCUCCUGUUUCAUGGUUCAGCGCCACCAUCAGGAAACCGCCAUCAGUGCUAAUCAGUGUUAGAAGAUCCACUUUGUCCCUCUAAAGCGGGUAGAACACGGCGUGAAGGUAAUGCUGUAUUCUCACUGUUCCUGGUGACCUCCAUAGCUGAGGUGGAGAAGGUGCAGCCUGUGGGGUGGGGGGGGGGGGGGUCCAGGUAGGUCACAUGAUGACGGGACUGAGUCUGAGCCAAUCAGUGAUCAAUGUCCAGGUUAGCUGGGCAUGAAAUUCUCGUUUUCCUGAACAGGAGCUUUUAUUUUGAAAGGAAUAAAUUGGACACACCCGCCUGUUCACACACACACUCGGACUCUCAGUGCCUCCCUCACUUCCUGUCCCAGAGGUUGCGAGUUUGACGCCGGGCCUGCGCAGAUUCAGACUUUUAUUUUGAUGUAACUGCUGGUUUCCUGUCAUGUGUUCAGUCAGUGGACUGGUUGAACUUUGACCCCACCCCCUCCACCCCACACACUGAUUGUCCCACAGGGGGCGGGGCUGUGGGCGGAGCUUCUCCACACCUGGAAUGUAACCAUCACCGUUUCUGUUGUUUUGGCUUUUCUUGUGUGAUUUGGAUUUGUUGAUGUUUCUCUUUAUUUGUACGGAAGCCCGCCGGUGCCAAAAACAGCCGGCCCUCCGGUCCGCGGCAGAUGGAGCAGAGCGCCUCCUGGUGGUGUGAAGUAGAAGUUCGGCCCGUUUUUGGCACCGCGGGGCUUCUGGACGCCGUGACGGCGGCGUCAGUUCUUCUUCUCUGAAUGUGGACUCACUGCCUCCUCAGGCCCGAUUGUGACCCACCCAGGACCCUGAUGGUUCCGACGUGCUUUCACGGGACUCCUCGGGGUUCUGACCCGCUCCGAGGCGCGCCGUGUGAUUCCUGAAUGUUCAGAUCGACGCUUCGCCGUGAAGCUGCUGUUUCUUUGAGUUUAGGACGGAUUGACCACAAAGAUUCAGAUAAAAGUUUUAAUUCACUGA